GGUGGGCAGUUUAUUAGUAUUUUUAUUUAUUAGUCUACACGAAGUGCUUUGACCUACUUUAUCCAGCCGGAUGGAGCCUCCCACACGAACCUGAAGCCAGGAAACUCUGGUUGCUUAGCAAACUUCUCAUCCACGAUCCAAAGUUUGGAGACGUGUUGCUCAGUCGCUGUUUGUGCUGUGAACUCACAGCAACUGCUUUCCAUACGUUUUCCCCCUUCUUUGAGGUCCAGGUGGCAACGCUGAAACCUGCAAAGAUGUCCGUCGCAGGAUUUAAAAAACAGAUUUACAAAGCCACUCAGUUGAUGAGUGAGAAGGUUGGAGGUGCAGAGGGAACCAAACUGGAUGAAGACUUCAAGGACCUUGAAAGGAAAGCUGAUAUUACUAGCAAAGCAGUAGUGGAAGUCCUCAAUAAAACAUCAGAGUACAUCCAGCCUAAUCCAGCAACGAGAGCUAAGCUUAGCAUGCUUUCCACAGUUUCCAAAAUCCGUGGGCAGGUGAACAGUCCAGGCUAUCCCCAGGCUGAGGGCCUUCUGGGGGAGUGUAUGACUAAAUAUGGACAUGAAAUGGGCGAGAAUAGCAACUUUGGUGGGGCUCUUAUAGACGCAGGAGAGUCAAUGAAGAGGUUGGCUGAGGUCAAGGAUGCGCUGGAUAUUGAUGUGAAGCAGAACUUUAUUGAUCCACUUCAGGGAAUCGCUGAAAAGGACAUCAAAGACAUUCAGUUCCACCUGAAGAAGUUGGAGGGCCGCCGUCUAGACUAUGACUAUAAAAAGAAACGUCAAGGUAAAAUCCAAGAUGAAGAGAUCAGGCAGGCCCUGGAAAAGUUCCACGAGUCCAAAGAACUGGCUGAGCGCUCAAUGUACAACCUCCUUGAGACAGAUGUGGAGCAGGUGAGUCAGCUGUCCUCCUUUGUGGAGUCUCUGCUGCAGUAUCACAGACAGGCCACACAGAUCAUGGAGGAGCUUUCUGACAAACUGAGAGAAAGGGUAAAUGAUGCUCAGUCUCGCCCAAGACAAGAGUACACACCCAAACCCAAACCAGCCUUUGAUUUUGGAGAAGUAGAACACUCAAACGGAGGAUACUCGUCAUCCGCUUCAAGCCCUCCAGCUUACUCUUCUGGGCCAUCCUUCCAAAGACCUUCCAUCAAGAACAGACGGCCUGAGCCUUGCUGUAAGGCCAUGUAUGACUUUGAGCCAGAGAACGACGGAGAGCUGGGCUUCCAGGAGGGUGACAUCAUUAAAUUGGUCUCUCAAAUCGAUGAGAACUGGUAUGAAGGAAGCCUCCGUGGAAAAUCAGGAUACUUCCCCACCAACUAUGUUGAAGUGAUGGUCCCUCUGCCACACUGAAAACAGCAGGGGUUAAGUUUAUGAAAAGUGGAUGAUAAAGGAUUACCAGCUCUCUUAAUAACAAAGAUUACAUAAAGAGUAAACAUCAAGACAAUGACCAAUAUUUUUUAUAUCUUAAGGUUAAAGAGUACACACAGAUUUGUAAAAACAUCAAGGGCAGAGGAAUGUUCGAUGAGCAAAAUUAUGUCGUAAUAUUUGGGUGUUUCUGUCAUAUCUUGAGUUUUAUAGCCAUUCUCUAUGCACCUGUGCACUUUUUACACUACACCUCUAUCACCAGGACUGAUUAAGAAAUGCUGAGAGAGAAUGGUGUUUGGGGAAAAAUGGUCUACAAACUCUAAGUGCAACUACUUUAUUUUUCUUAUCCUGUUUUAUACUCAGAAUAUUACAUGUUUUGUUCUAUGCAUUGUUCAUAUUGGUAGUACACACAUGCAUGCGUUCCUCUAAACACUAUUCAUACACUCCCAUUUUUAACCUCUGUACCUUAAGGCCUUAGUACUGUGCUCAACAUGGAGGACUGGCUACCCUUUAUCAAUGUUUAGUCUCUGCUGCCCUCUGGUGGUCACAGGGAUUCUUCUUUGCUCCUUAUUCAGCAACACUAUUAUGUGAUUUUUGUUGGAUGUUUCUUACCAAAUCUAUGUUGGGUAGUUUGUCCUAUGUUUUAGUUUGUAGAAAUCCACGUUGAAACAGCGUGAGUGAGUCAAUAGAUGUAGUCUUAGUUCUUCUAAACAUUGGUAUUUUUAGCAUUAACAAAAAGAAUUGUAGUUAAACUCUAAAAAUCACAAUUUAACAUUAUUUAUGUAACGCAGCUUAUCAAGUUAUCGGUGAAUUUAUUUACUUACAACCUAGAUCUCUUUGCCCUCAUUUUACUCAACAUGGAUGCCAAAGAAUUUCUUUUUUUGAAGUUUUCCAAAAUGCAAAGGGCUGUUCAUGUGCACAAUUUUGUUGAUACUUCAGAUGAUUACAUGCAGCAUCCCACCGUUCAUAUUGUGCAACGUUACACCAAAGCCAAAACCACGUUCUUUUAGUUCCUCUGUUUUCUCAGGCUCUAUUGAUACUGCUGGCAGUGUCACUCAUAAUUUUCUGUGGGAUUUUGUUUUUUUAAAUUCAGCUGUUUGUUUCAUGAACUUUCUGUCACUGGUGCAUUUUCCACGUCAGUGCUCGGGUGAGCUUGGCCUUAUUAUUCUAACCUCCAAUUUGAUGCGUGGAAUUUAAUCUGAUGUGUGUUUGGUGUUUUUUGUACCUGCCUCAGUUUUCAGGCCGAAACUGCAUCAGACCUGAUGGGGGUUACUAUCUUCCAGUGACUGUGUACUGAAUUUACAAAUAAUGAGGAAGGACCUUUGCACAAUGGCUGGUUUCAGUUCCAAUUAAGCCUAUUACAAGCAAACUAUGAACUGUCAUGGUCUGUGCUGUUCACUAGAAUGCCAACUUUCUCCUCUUGUCAUGAUCCCCUUGUUAGACCGCCCCCUGCCCCACUCAUCUCUCCCAUCUCCAUUUAAACUGAGAGUGGAACAGACAGGUCUUUUCAGCAGGCAAGGGCACACAGCACUGGAUUAUGCCCUCCCCCACUAUGCUUUAUUCACCACCUGCCCCUGUGCCCCUACCCCCUUUCUCAUUAUCCACCCCAUCCCAAGCCCAUGGUGCCUCUGAGGCUCAGUCUCCUGGUCCAUAAUACCAUCAUUGCUAUCACAGUAUAUACCUCUUAAUGUUUGCCUGCAUCUGUGCUCUGUUAUUAGUGGUAUGUAUUGCACCGGGGGUUUGGCAUGGCAGACUAAUAACUGUGGUUCAGGUGUGGGUUUACAUGCCUCAUUACACAUAAUCAAAACCCCCCUCCCCAAGUUUAGGAGGGUCAGGGGCUCAGGUUGAGCUGUUCUGUAGCUUGUAUAAUAUUCAUGAAGAACAAAGGGCUAAGAUCAGCUUUUGUCAGCUGCUGCUCUUACUGUGGAAAUGGCCAUCUGAACAUUGCAAUAUUGAUGAAGUAUUAAAGCCUUAAAGCUUUUAUUUUUUCCCCCCCAUCAUGCACUCUUUUGAAUUUUCUGUGAAAUUAGCCUAACUUUUUGUAUGUUUUUCAUUCUAGCUUUUACCAUAUGCGAUGCCUCAUUUUUGUAACUGUGACACAAUGGGGGGGAAAUGUUGAGACUAAAAGUGGGAUUAUCCUGGAUUAUCUUUAGGAUGUAUGAAUUACCUCUAUGCUAAAUGUAAUCUUGUGUAUUGUAUAAUUAAUGCGGUAUAUGAAUGAAUGCUGUCCAUUUUGCUUCUUAAAAUAAAUGUUAACUAAUUUGU